AAACAGUUUGCAAGGGGUCGUUAAAGAAGAUUAAGCCGAAACAAAAUAUCGUUUUUAGCUACUUUAAGUUUACCUCUCAAGGCUCCAGUUUUGAUUACCGAGCAUACGAAGCUUAAUUUCAGACCAUGGUGACAAAAUACAAAUUCUCCAUGAACGUUUUCGAGAAGAUCUUAAGCUUUCUCUGUCGGUUGUUGGUGUUCAGGAAUUAGCAAGCUAGUUAGCACUAGCCUAGAAAUAUUAGCUAGCUAACUAGCCUAGCUUGCUAACAUUAGCUUCCAGUAGUCGGAUUUUCAACUGCGAUGUUUGCAAAAUUUCUUGGAUGUCUACGGACGGCAGAUUGCUGAACCAGAGGGCCUCAAAUGGGAAAAACAAGCAUCGGACAGGAAUAUCGCCGAUAAGCUUGUCGAUGUAACACAGAUUCUGUCGAAGGAUUCUUUGGACUUUGCUACUGCAGCCCGUUUUAAGCAGGAUUUUAACCUCACCCAUCCGCAGACAGCCAUGGAAUCGUCUCAAUGCACCCCUUGUCCUCUGAGCGCCCAGGCUGUCGUGGAUCCCGUGCCACUGCUGUUCAACUGACGGUCGAUGACGAUGCGAUGGAAGCGUGAAUGAGGUUUGGCGUGGCGAUAGCUGAACGAUGCCCAAGGGUGGGGGUUCUAAAACCCCCCAGCUGGAAGACUUCCCACUCAACACUGACAUGGUGGAGAAGCAGGGUGGGAAGAAGGAUAAAGUAUUGUCAAACAAGACUCCUAAAUUGGACCGCAGCGAUGGCGUCAAAGAGAUGAAAGAGAAGGCAUCCAAGAGGAAGCUUCCCUUCACUGUUGGAGCCAAUGGAGACCAGAAAGAUUCUGACUCAGAAAAGCAAGGUCCGGAACGGAAGCGCAUUAAAAAGGAGCCCACCAACACCAGGAAGUCAGGCCUGCCGUUUGGGAUGGGCAUGCCAGGGAUCCGGGCCGGGUACCCCCUCUCUGAGCGGCAGCAGGUGGCUCUUCUCAUGCAGAUGACGGCUGAAGAGUCAGUCAACAGUCCAGACACAACACCAAAGCAUCAGUCACAGUCAAGUCUGGGCCAGAAGGGAACGCCAAACUCUGCAUCUAAAACCAAAGACAAAGUAAACAAGAGAAAUGAGAGGGGCGAGACGAGGCUGCACCGGUCAGCCAUCCGCGGAGAGGCACGCCGCAUCAAGGAGCUCAUCAGUGAGGGAGCUGACGUGAAUGUAAAAGACUUUGCAGGCUGGACUGCAUUGCAUGAAGCGUGCAACCGAGGCUACUACGAUGUGGCCAAGCAGCUGCUGGCAGCCGGUGCAGAGGUCAACACCAAGGGCCUGGAUGAUGACACCCCUCUCCAUGACGCAUCAAACAACGGGCACUUCAAGGUGGUAAAGUUGCUUUUAAGGUAUGGAGGGGACCCUCGACAAAGCAACAGAAGGGGGGAAACCGCGUUGAAGGUUGCUAACUCCCCAACGAUGCUCAAUCUGUUGCUUGGAAAAGGCACUUAUACCUCCAGUGAGGAGAGCUCGUCAGAAUCCUCAGAGGAAGAAGAUGCCCCAUCGUUUGCCCCAUCCAGUUCUGUUGAGGGCAAUAACACAGACUCAGAGUUUGAGAAGGGCCUGAAGCUGAUAGGGAAGAAAGAGCUGGAUCAGCCCCUAUCCACAACAACUACCCCCGUCAAGGACGAGUAUGAGUUUGACGAGGAUGAUGAGGAAGAGCGCGUCCCUCCGGUGGACGACAAGCACUUGCUCAAGAAAGAGUUCCGCAAGGAGUCUCCCAGUAUCACUAAGGCUAGUGGCUUAAUUUCAAUACCGAAGGGGGAGGUGGUCAAAACCUAUUCCAAAAGCAACUCGCUCACACCAAAGAAGACUGUUAGACGGAUUCUCUCUGACAGCUCAGACGAGGAUGAUGAGACGUUGUGUUUCACACCUAUGCCCACACCACGGCAACCAGCGCCACCUACCAAUACCAAGGCCCGGGACUCUGCUACACUGAGCUCGAAGCAGCAGAAAGAGAAAACUAAAGUGAAGAAGAAGAGGAAGAAGGAGACAAAAAAUAAUGUCAGUAAGGAGGUCAGAUUUGGUAAAGUCAAUGACAAAUUCUGCACUUCUGACUCUGAUUGUGGGGACAUAGGGAGUGAGGAUGAUAAAGGCUCUAUGAAGAGCUCGAACUGUAUAAAGGACUCCACAAUGAGCCUAAAAGAAUCCUCUGCGUUCAGUACUCACUCUGCAUCCUCUUCCUCCUCUUCUCAUGGAAGCAUGAGCUCUCAGAAACUGACACCCUCGCUGACGGAGCAUAACCCAAAGCAGUGGAGGACAGACGGCUGGAAGACUGUGUCAUCUCCUGUAUGGUCAGAUGUUAGCUCCCUCUCUGACUCUGUUAGAACAAGGCUUUCCAGUGAGUCGGACUACUCCUCUGCCGACUCGAGUGUCGAGUCAGUGAAACAGGUGAAAAAGAAAGCACAGGAAAACAGAAAGAAAAACAAUGUGCACACCAAUGCACUAGACAAAAAGAACUCUGACUUUCACAAGAACUCCAACACAGACAGUACGGUCUCCAAAAUGGAUAAAGAUGGCAAAGUGUUGAAAAAGCAUAAAGUAAAACACAAGCACAAAAACAAAGAGAAAGAAAAGGCUCCCAGUUUAGUGCUCAAUCAAGACAUGAACGAGAAAUUUGUUAAAAGCUUCUCAUUUGAUUUUGAUGAUUCAAGGCAAAAGUCACUCCUUGUUGAGGCUGAGUCCCCAGCUGAAAGCAAGGUCAAGCUGUCUAAACAUGAAAAAGAGCAUUUGAAAAAGGAGGACAGGUUGUCGAAGGGCAAGUCUGAGGACAGAGACUGGUCUUCUGGAAAAGAAGUUCAAAGAACUGCUAAGGAGGAGAAAUCCAAGAAAACAAAAGAGUCCACCAAGGAGAAGCCUAGCAAGGAGGAGAGGGAAAAGCCCUUGAAAACUGAAAAAGAAAAGAGCCUCAAGGAAAAAGAGAAGCCCAAGGAGGAGAAACAACAAAAGAUUCAUAAAGAGGAGAAGAAGAAAAAGUCAAAGGACAAGUCAUCUAAACCAGACAGGAAGAGCAGUGAGCAAAAAGAAGAAAAACAUAUUAAGGUGGAUAAGGAGAAAAAUGCCAGGGAGGAGAAGGAAAAAUCGAAGAAAGAAAAGGUUCAAAAGGAAGAGCCUGAUUAUGAAGUCUAUGAUGUCAGUAACCGUUUCUUAAACCUGGAAGACACCAAGCUCAGUGCCUCAGACGACCACCAUGACCGAUGGGCAUCAGACCUUUCCUCUGACUGCGACCUAUUUGGAGAUGACAGCUGGGAUGCUCCUCCUGUGAAGGACUACAAAGAAUAUAAAGCAAACAACACUGUAAAGCUGAUCGUUGAGACUGAAAAAAUAGAGAGCAGAGACCGGAGGAAGGAAAACAAAAUCAAAGACAAGAAAUUAGAUCAUAAUGACAAACGGUCAGAGAAAGAGCCUACCUCCAAGAAGAAAGAGAAAGACUCUUCAGAAAAGAUUUGUGACAAGAAAAAGGAUUUGACCGAAAAACAGAAACUCAACUCCAGCCACUCUGUAGAAAAGGAGAAGAAGCGAAAGGAAUCUGCAGAUACUGUCAAAGAGAAGAAAGAGAAGGACUCCAUGGACAGCAGUAGAGACCGAAAAGAUUCCUAUGAGUUCACUAAAGAAAGAAAGGACUUGAAAAUCAAACAGGAGUCCAUAAGAGACGAUUAUGGGAAUGAUGCCUUCAAAGAAAUUGAAACUGUCAGCAAACCAUGUGAAAUUAGAGAGAGGAACCACUCUGGAAAAGAGAAGGAGAGAAAGGGAGAUGGGGUGGAAAAGAGAGAAAAGACUAAAGCUGACAAACACAAGGAAAAGCCUAAAGACCGAUCCAUAGAACAGGAUAAGGAGAAGCCUGACAAGACAGCAACUGAGAAGCCUUUGAAGGAAAAAGACACAGAUAGAGGCUCUAAAGACAAGAAGGAGGGAGCUAAAGACAAACACAAAGACACACACAGUAAAGACAAGGACAGGAAGAUGUCUUCAGAACAAACUAAGGACAAGAAAGAAAAGGCUUCACAGGACAAGCAUGCUGACAGGGAUAAAGAUGUCGUUGAGGUGAAGAAGGAGGAGAGAAAACCUGAGAAAGUAAAACCUGAGAAAACAUGGUACAAGAUCGCAGACAUUUUCACAGAUGAAAGUGAGGAUGAAGAAGACAAUUACAACGGGGGUGUGGCCAAGUUAAGUGAUUCCCUUGGGUUGUCAGAUUCUCACAGGAAAGACUCCACACCUGACAGGGAUGAGCUUGAUCACUUCCAAACGGAAAAACCCAGAAAAUAUUCUGCUGAGGCCAAACACACAACAGAAAAACCGAAAGAAAAAGACCACAAGAAAAAAGACAAGACCACAUUUGAUAUGGGGAAAGAGAGGAAGGGCUCCUUAGAGAAACACAACAAAGAUAAGAAAGAAAAGGAUUCUGUUGAUGUGAAACACAAGGAACGCAAAGACAGAAUGUCUGUGGACUCAAACCAAGAGAAGAAAAACAAGCAGAAGCUGUUGGACAAGAGGGAAGCUAGUGAGGAAAAGACCAAGAGUAAAUAUAAAGACAAGCAAGAUCAUGUUAACGACAGAAAGCCCUCAAAGGGGAGUGGGGAAAAUGAAAAGUCGCUCUUGGAGAAGCUGGAGGAAGAGGCCAUGAAUGACUACAAGGAUGACUCCAAUGACAAGAACAGUGAGUUAUCCUCAGACAGCUUCACUGAUCAGGGUCAUGAGCCAGUGCUCAGCAGCUACUAUGAUUCCUCCAACAUCAGCCUGCCAGACAUUACUGAUGAGAGACGAGACUCACUCUCCAUAUCUAAUCCUCAAGACAAGUUCAGAGAGAAAGAGAGGCACCGGCAUUCAUCUUCAUCAUCCUCCAAAAAGAGUCAUGACAAGGAGAAGGACAAAGUCAAGAAGGAAAAGGGGGAUAAACAAGACAAGAUAGAGGAAAUAAGAGAAUCCUAUGGACGCAGAGAAAGUCUUCCCUUUGAGAAGGAGCCUAUGCCAUUAGAAGCGGACCCUUACACAUUUCCAUUUGGGUCUAAGGGUGAUAAAGAUGAUUUUGAUAAGACAUUGGAGUUUGAAAAGGAGAUGUCUAAAAAAGCUGACAAAGACAAAUUGAGUACUGUCAUCAGUGAUAAGAUCAAGGACAAAAAGAAAAAAGAGAAACAUAAGGAGAAAGUCAAAGAGGAGAAACACAAGUACACAGAUGGCUUUGGAUCACUUAAACACUCCAAGGAGGAUAUCAAAUCUGGAUUGAAAGAGAGUCCUCAAAUUACCAAUUUGAAGGAAAGAUCAAAGGAAGACUGUCCCAAAUUUGAUGUGAAAAAAGAAAGAAACCGAGACUCCUUGGACAAAGACAGUAGGGCAGACCAUGUUAAGUCCAAGGCUAAGGAAGAAAAUGAAAAAGUAAUUCAAUCAAAAGACACAGCUCGCAAAGACAACCGCCCACGUUCAAAGCUUCUGGUUGAUGGAGAUCUCAGACUAACCAGCUUUGGGCAAAUGUUAGGUUUAAAAGACCAGGAGAUUGAAGAACGCCAUAAGAAGCAUAAGGAGAGGAUGAAGCAGAUGGAGAAACUAAGACACAGAUCAGGGGAUCCCAAACUUAGGGAUAAAACGAAGUCCACUGAGGAAAUAAAGAAAAAUCGCAAUGAACUAUCAUCAAAAAAAUCAAAUAGUUUAGAAUCUGCAUUGAAAGAGAAGAAGCUCAAAGAUGUUUGUCUCCCAGCCCAAAUUAUGUCCCCGGAAAGAAAGAUACAACCCAUUGACACUCAAAAUUCAAAGGACUGGCUUGCAGGCCAUCAGAUGAAGGAAAAUCUCCCUGCCUCACCUAGGCAAGAUCUGAAUAGGCCAACGGGUGCUCCCACCCCCACAUCUGUAAUCUCUUGUCCCAGCUAUGAGGAAAUCAUGCAGACGCCACGGACUCCAUCCUGCAGUGCAGAGGACUACCCUGAUAUAAUGUUUGAUGGGUUAGAUUGUCAGAACUCAUCAGCCAUGGCCAUGUCUAUGAAUGCCUGCUCCCCAUCCUUCUUUGACAGGUACUCCAACUCAUCACACACCUUCCAAGAGGGGACUUGUUUAACUCCGGCUAAGAAUCUCCAGUUGCCCCUUGUCAGUCGAUCGGCUUCAUCUGAUGUUAGAAGACCCCUGGAAGAUGAGUUCAAAGCUGAAGAUGGCACGUUUCUGCAACACAUUUUGCCUGACACCUCGGAGUUUGACUUGGCAGCCUCCCAGCCUCUAGAAGACAAGGCAGCAUCAGUGGAGAGACUUGAAUGCCUGUCUCCUCCUUACUUCUCACCUGUUAGAAUGCUGUCUCCCGGGCUGGAACUUGCCCAGCCUGCACCAGACGGGGCCACCACAGUAAUGGCUGGCACAGAGACCAGUGAACACCUGCCUGAGAGUGUCUACAAUAACUUCCUGGUGAAGCCCUCAACGCCAGUCCACAGACCUGACCCCCAGGAGCCGUGUCUGGACAUUGCUGCUCCACCCACCCCUGCACCUGCUGCUCUUCCUCUCCUGGAUAUUGAUGACCUUUCUGAGCCUCUUCAAAGUGAGCCCAGUCUUGUUCCCUCUGACCCAGUCAGUGGCAGUGAGUUUCUGCCCCCUGUCGUUGAGGAAAAGGAUGAGGACGAAGAAGAGGACUACGAAGAAGAGGAGGAGGAGGAGGAGGAGGAAGAAGAAGAAGUGGAGGAGGAGGACGAGGAGGAAGGGGAUCUUGAAGUACCAACAUAUGCUGAUCAUCAUGCUGCUGAGGAGACUGAGCAGACAAGGGACGUCUGCUCAUUCUCUCCUCCAAGGGUUGAAGAGCCUUUGAGGAAGAGCUGGGCUGAAUCUCCAGACAGAAGAGUUACAGAGGUGCAUCAGUUGACUCCCCCACAUCCACCACCCAACUUGGUGGAGAACUCCAGUGAUCAUACCAUCAGCUGGAACUCUGAAAUGCUCUUGAAAUCUCCUCAAAGGACUUAUGGGGAAAUAGAGGCAGCUGUCUCCAAGAUAACCAGCCCCUUCUCUCAUUCAGACAGUGAUUUGCAGCACAUUACUGCCAUACCUGGCCAUCCAUCAGUGACCCCUCCAUAUGCUUCUUACAGGUCCUAUGUACCUGAUACUGACUUUGACGAGCAAAAAGAGGCUGUGGAGGACAUUCCAAUUUCUCCAGCAAGACCUGAAAUGACACCCAUGGAAUUGGAACCAAACUACUUGACAACCACCUCAUCCUCCACAAGGUUAGAGUGUUUCUUCACAGACUGCAAGCCAAACUUGGAGGAUAAUCACCAGAUGGACUCAGAGCUUUCUUGUGCAGUACAAGACAGCAGACAAAACUCCCAUGGCUUUACUUCUGAGAGCCAUAUGCCUCUAGCAGUAAGCCACGAGCCAGUGGUGCCCUGGACAGACCCAUUCUCAGCUACAGUGGAUGAACUGGAUGAUCUUGGCCCUUUCUCUCUACCUGACCUCCCUUCCCUCUCCCUCCCGACCUCCCUACCAGACAAGGAGAUGCCAGAGCUUGACGUCAGAGAUGCAGAGCCAGCCGACCACAAGCAUCCACCUACUCAAAUAAGGCCUCCUGCUAUUGAAACAAUAGAGGACGAAGAGCUUAUGGAGGUUGACCUGCCUAUCCUGGCCAAACCCCUAUGCCCUCCCACGGUCCUACCACUCAAUGAUUCUUUGCAGGAUUUGGUUGUGCCCUCACCAAAACACAAUUUCCAACCAGAAUUUGAGUCAGAGCCUCAGAAUGUCCCUGAAAUUAACUUUGUGAAACCACAGGUCUUCGAAAACAGAGACACAUAUGAAGAGACUGAUGAGAGCGAUGGAAACAUGAUGUUCUCAGCUGUUGAUACAAACAAUACUCAGCAUCACAGGCAGAUGUCACUGACAGAGUCUUUAUCAGUUGUAAUUACUCCAUGUAUGGACUCCUUGACAACUGUUAAACCAGAACAAAGUGGGCAGAUAUCAGAUUCCUUUGUUGGGCCAACUUGCAGUCCAGUCCCCUCAGUUCCUCUGCCAGUUGCUGUCACAAUUUCUGGCACAGUCCAUGUUUCGGAGGCUCUUGAGACAACAUCUAAGCUCACGGUCACUCUGACAACAUUGCCAACUGACCUUCCCAAGAAGGUGGAGGAGAUCCCACAGAGGAUGACUAGAAAUAGGGCCCAGAUGCUGGCAAAACAGGAGAAUACCACCACCAACACAAAAAAGCAGAGUAGUAGAGUAGUAGCAGAGAGUACGACCACCACCACUAUACCUGAUAGCGUGAUGCCUCCAUCUGUCCCUACCCCUGUCACCACGAGCAUGGCUGUAACCACAACCACAACCACCCCUAUCCCCACCCCCACCUUUGUCCCCUUUGUUGUUCUGGAGAAAGAAAAGGAGGCUGUCACCACCAUCUCCACCACACCAACCAUUAUCCCGGCUCCCCUGCCUCCUACUGUAGUGGUCAGCAAAACUAAAGGUCGGCCGGUGGAGGAAGAGGAAUCCCAGACGCAGCAUCCACGCAAGAGGAAGUUCCCGAAACCGCAGGUUCAGCUGGUCAACACAGCCAUGCAGCAGACCAGGGAGAUGAUUCAACAGACGCUGGCUGUCAUUGUCAACGCCAUCAAACUGGAUGACAUAGAACCCUACCACAGUGACCGCUCCAACCCUUACUUCGAAUACCUGCAGAUACGGAAAAAAAUUGAGGAGAAGAGAAAGAUAUUGUGCUACAUCACACCACAGGCCCCUCAGUGCUACGCUGAGUAUGUGACCUACACAGGCUCCUACCUGCUGGAUGGCAAGCCUCUCAGCAAGCUGCACAUCCCAGUGAUUGCUCCACCUCCAUCGUUAUCGGAGCCCCUGAAGGAGCUCUUCAGACAGCAGGAGGCAGUGAGGGGGAAGCUGAGACUGCAGCACAGCAUAGAGAGGGAAAAGCUUAUUGUCUCGUGUGAGCAAGAAGUACUGCGGGUCCAUUGCAGAGCGGCAAGGACGAUAGCCAAUCAGGCCGUCCCAUUCAGUGCCUGCACUAUGUUACUGGACUCUGAGGUGUACAACAUGCCAACAGAGAGUCAGGUGCGUCUGUGGGUGGUAAAAAAGGGUGAUGAGAACAAGUCAGUGAGAGAUCGCUUCAACGCCCGCCAGUUCAUUUCCUGGAUCCAGGAUGUGGAUGACAAAUAUGACCGCAUGAAGACGUGUCUGUUAAUGCGGCAGCAGCAUGAGGCAGCUGCCCUGAACGCAGUGCAGAGGAUGGAGUGGCAACUGAAAGUGCAGGAGCUGGACCCUGCUGUACACAAGUCUCUGUGCGUCAACGAGGUCCCCUCCUUCUACGUGCCAAUGGUUGACGUCAACGAUGACUUUGUGCUGUUGCCCGCGUGACAGAAACAUGCACUCGUUCACAGAGUGAGAGGUCAAAUAUCAUCACUUUUCAAACAGACAUCAAACAGAACGUAUGGUAAGGGCUAGCCGGUUUGAAGAGGACUAAAACCUAUAUAUUAUAUAGAAAAAAAGUAAAAGAAAAAAAAACGUGCUAAUGAUUCCCUUCCAUGAGAGGAAGAAGCAUCUUUUUACCGGGGAAAAAACACAACUUGCACUUUCAUCCCUCAAGUUUUUAUGCUUUUGUUCAGAAUAUAAAAAGCAAAACGGCUUUGCUUUGAAGCACCCAACACCACCUCCCUUUUAGGUGAUGUUGGGACCGAGAAUAGGGGAGAAGAUAUAGAAAUAUUUUUCUGCAUUUAUUGGUCCCCGUAAAUGAAACAACAAAGGAACGCCGGAGAGGAGCCCUCCCACCAUUCUGGAUCAUCUCCUGGUGGAUGGGAAUGAGGCACCACAGUGGACACAGAGCUCCAGGUGAGCCUUGAAGAGGAGAAAGCAGCACAUGGCCAGAAGGGCAUGCAUGCGCUAUGCGGUGGUGCAACAUGUGGCAUCUGCAGGACCUCCAGCCUCUCCCUGUUGAACGGACAGGAGAGUCUGUGUGGACGCUGUCUCUCUCUGGUCGGGACCAUAAGGCCACACUCAGUCAGAGAGCCUCAGUCCCCUCUGUCCACAGCCCUCCACCACACCCGGUAGAACCAGCAACCUGCCCCGGAGCAGAGCAGAGUACAGCCAAGGGUCCAUAGAGUGUGUCAGGGGUUUAAUGCCGGGCAAGAGACGGCAUCUUCAGCCUCAUGGCCUGGGCAGAGCUUGGGGAUGAACCGGAGCAUCCCCACCAGAGUCUGGUCACCUGGCUCUGCAUGCAGGAAGAACCAGCCUCUAACACUCUGCCAAGCUAGGUAGAACACACACACCUGUUCACCUGCAACUAUGACUGCAAAUGGAAAAACAGGACAAAAGAAUAAUACAAGAAUGUUGCGAUUCAAAGAUUCAAGACUAAACAGAUGGUGGUUUAGAGGAGAAUAUUCUUCUUUUUGUCGAUUUCUUUACUUGGGCAUUUAAUUGUUUCUGAGGAAGUGACUUGAAACACUACAGAGCCAAUAUUAGUUUAAUGGAAAAAAAGAAAACUGAAAAAAAAUUGUAUUCCGUAAAUUAUGUACAGUUUUUAUAUUCGUUAACCAAUGUAUUCUUGCUGCCUUCUAGAUAAUUUAUUUUGCCACACAUUACUGCACAGUUGUAAAUAACUUAUGUACUGUAACAUCACUCAGUUAAGUGUAAAAAAAAUAAAUGAAUAAAAAUUAUCUUUGUAUGUACAGUUCACUUUCGGGCAGCACUUUCCCCUUCAUACCCAUGGGCCAAAAUGUGUACACGUUGUCAGUAUUUUAAAGACUCCAGUGCACAGUUGUAAUGUUCCCAUCUAUAGAUUUUGUCCAGGGCUGGUCAAAAUGAGUUACCUGGGUUGGAAUCACCACAACAUAAAUAGGUAGUACAAAACCCCACCGUAAUGGCCAAAAUAAGGGCCACAAAUAUAGUCCUCAGAUGUAGCAAAAUGGUUAUUGAAUUAUUUAAAGAAUAGAAUAGUUAUAUUAGUCAUUGCUUUAUUACACAAUUAUAUCAGAAAAAAAAACAUUGAAACCAAGAAAAUGCCUUUUUACAGUGAAUAUUUUUUAUUUACUCCGUGUUGGGCAAGUCAAACAAGGGUCCAUCUGGAUUGGUCAAGAAAGAAAUGCCACUAACAAGCAAAACCAUCACAUUCAUUUAUAAUUCUGGAUGGGAUUUUCUUUUUGUCAUUUUUUCUUUAAUCUACCCAUUAAUUGUACUUUAAUUGUACUUUAAUUGUAUGUGUGGGUCUUUAAGAAUAAUAUUCAUCAUGAUGUUGGAGAAUUUCCAGGACACAAGAUUAGGGAUCUGAUAGCCAGCUCAAUAUUUUAAAUCCUUAACUUCCCUUUUUGAAAGUCACUGUCAUAAGCAUCACUGUUUUUCAGGCCACAUCAGAUUGACAUGAAUUUUGCUGAUUUCUUCUGUAUACCACCUAAAACUACUAAACUAAAGAAAUGUUUAGAAUCUUAAUUUUUAGCAAAGCUGUUUAUCCACAAGAUACAGGCCACAUUCCAUAUUGGUUUAAAAAAUGUAUCCUUGCUUUAAUUAUGGAAUGUGUUAGCUUCCAAACUCCCUGGGUCCAUACUUGCGAAUAUUAUAAUUUUUUUAAGUCUUUUUUUUUUUUCUUCGUCUCAAAAUGCACAUCAGCCAAUUCAAAUUGUUGACGUAGUUGCAUGUGAUAAAAUGCUACAUGUUAGCUGUUCCCAUUACAUAGCCUGACACAUUUAGCCCUAUGCUAACCUGACCCGAAGGCAGUGAUUGUCAGGUUACAAAUUCUGCAUCAGCCAAUUUCAAAUCUUGACGUAGAUGGACGUAAUAGAACACUUUUCCAUGAGAGCAUCCUUAACAGAAGUCAACUGGCACCAUCUGCUAAUCAAAGUUACAAAAACACACUUAAAAUUUCAACUGGACCAAUAGCUCAGUGUAGCGAGCCUGGCUCCUGGUCAUUUUUUGACCAUUUGCGGCUCUCUUCUCAGAAUGGUGCUUGUUGAACCUCUAAAUAUCUAAGCAUAUGGAAGGGGGGGAGGUGGGGUUCUCCUAAGCUAACAUAUGGAAUUGUUUUAAGAUGGUCAUACCAUGGAUCAUUU